AUGCAAACUGGUGCCCUAUUCGCACUUUCCCGUAUAAUUCUCAGUCCCGGGCUUUUUUUAUCGCUGUUGACAGAACAAGACUACCAUCACCGGUCUAAUAAAUGGUUUUCUGCUUAUAGUCUAUUCAUUGCGCCUCGACAGCAAGGCUGCCCCGGCAUUUCAGAGUUUGACCAUGGUGAGCCAUCGCCGGAAUCUGCCUCCACCCCUACUAGACACUUCAUGGGCUCGUUUCCAGCCGAUACCCGCGAGGGGAAAGAUCUAUCCACCGACCUCCAACGUGAGCUUUGGGCCGUAUCGGCACAGAAUUGGCUGGAGGUAAUAAGCAAGCUGGAAGCCGGGCUGCGAAAUGAUAUCGUCAGGCUGUUCAAGUACGUCACGGACUGGCAGAAGACGAUGAAAGAUUUAGCGAAAAAGAGGCGUCAAACUCAAAAGUGGUCACGCUAG